UUCUCCGUCAAUCUUUGUGGUCGGUUGGUGUGCAAAGUGCAAAAUUCACCCUUAAGCCAGGUGCGUUGUAGUAGGCUUAACGAGCAAUUGAAUCGCGCUACUACGCAUAGUGGAAAAGGAUUACCCAUUCCACGAAGCUGGUGUUCGUGCUUCGACCGUGCGUCGUCCGUUCAUUGAUAAAACACACCGUGCGACAGUUACUUUCAGGCGGUUGGUCCGGAAAUCGAUUUGAAAAAAAAAAGAAAGAAGGAACUGAAAAAGAACCCGCAGCAAGCAGCAAGAGGGGAAUAGCGCUCCAGCACGCGUUUCGGGAAGCUAAUAUUCUUGUCAGCGAGCCGCAAAGAAAAGCGCAUAUCCUUUGGUGGGCACACGGAAAACCAGUGAAAAAUUUUCCCCAUUUUUCCUCCCGGAGUGUGCGCGCGCGCGUGUGUGUGUGUGCUGUUGUGCGUGUGUGUGUGUGCAUAUUUUCCGCCGACAAACGGUGUGCGCAAAAUAGAGAAAGAGAGAGAGAGAGAGCAUAGGUUCGUAUUUUCGUGAGUGAUUUUCCCGUGCAGUAAAGAAAUAAUUCGACACCGGUCUCGAGAGAGAGAGAUAGAGAGAAGCGAGAAAAGUAAAAACGUGACUAAAAAGAAAAGCAAAAUUGAAGCAAACCCUACAAUCCACGAAAAAAAGUGUAUUUGCACCUCCUUUUCCCCACUGGGUCGUUCUGGCAAGCCACCCAGCCAUCCGGGCGAAGUAAUACGGUAAUUGCAAUUGCGAGAAGAUUCGAAACCGGAGAAGAAAAGCAUCCCGUAGUCCUCCGGGGUGCGUUCGGUGUCCGUGCCACAGUCUGCGACUCACCUCCAUCCCCUCACUAGGUUCCCGUGGACGUACACGGCAAAGGAAAACGGUCCACGUCUGCCCUCCACGGUAACUUCGAGUCAAAGGCUAAAAUCCGUAGGGAAGAGAGAACAAACAGGCGUUAAUCGAAGAAGUCAGUGCUGCGGCCCCGCGUGAUCGAGCAUAAAGAAGAAAAAAAGCCAAUCCCGCUAAACACCCCGGAUUGGGAAACCGGCGGAUCGGGAAAGGAAAAGAAGGAACGAAAAUCGUUCAACCACCACACCAGCGAGCGAGAGAGAGAGAGAACAAUCGAAAGGAAGGAGGAAAAAAAAGCAUCAUCUAAAAUGGGGAAAAGCAAAAUCCAGUGUAGCAAGUGCCUGAAGAAGUGCUCAGGCGAGGUCCUGCGUGUUUCGGAUCGCUAUUUCCACAAGACAUGCUUCCAGUGCACGAAGUGCCACAAAUCGUUGGCGACCGGUGGAUUCUUCUUGAAAGACAGCUCGUACUACUGCACAUUCGACUACCAGAAGCUGUACGGCACGAAGUGUGUCGCCUGCAACCAGUACGUCGAGGGCGAGGUCGUGUCGAUGUUGGGCAACACAUAUCAUCAGAAGUGCUUCACCUGCAGCAAGUGCAAACAGCCGUUCGCAUCCGGCAGCAAGGUCACCAACACCGGCAAGGAGGUCCUGUGCGAGGGCUGCGUGAAAUGCCCAACGGGUAACGGGUUAGCCGGUGGAGGAACGGCGACAGGAUCACCCACAGCUGGGAUGACUUCGGGAGGCGCUUCGGCUACGGUGUCACCGAAAAACCGUGCGAUCGAGCAGAAACAGGAGCAGCGCACAAUCAAAGAGUUUACCUCGAGCCCGACGAAGGCUGCCACGCUGCAGCAUCACCAGGAGACGUUGAAGAAGCAACAGCAGCUGCUCCAGAACGGUUCCAAGCAGCCGGACCCGAACGAGUGUGCUGGUUGUCAGCAGCAGUUGAAGGAGGGUCAGGCACUGAUCGCUCUCGAUCGCCAGUGGCACAUUUGGUGUUUCAAAUGCAAUGCUUGCGGUACUACGCUGAACGGAGAGUACAUGGGUAAGGAUGGGGUGCCGUACUGCGAGAAGGACUUCCAGAAGUCGUUCGGGGUGAAGUGCGCUCACUGCAAUCGCUACAUCAGCGGCAAGGUGUUGCAGGCCGGUGACAAUCAUCACUUCCAUCCGACAUGCGCCCGGUGCACCAAAUGCGGUGAUCCGUUCGGGGAUGGUGAAGAGAUGUAUCUGCAGGGUAGCGCUAUCUGGCACCCGAGAUGUGGUCCGGGCCCAUCGUCCGAGACUGCCAUCCUGAAUGGUGUCGAUACGAACGGCUUCAACACGGAAACGGAGUUUGAUCGCACUAGCACCAGUGGCAUGAGCGAAAUUCAGUACCAUCGCACCACGAGUCCGGGGCUAAUUUUAAGAGAGUAUAAAAAUCAAGGCUGCGAGGACAUCGCUCGUAUCUACACGUACAGCUACCUAACGGAAGAACCGGGCUAUUUGCGGCGCCCAAUCGAACCGUACGACCGGGCUCCGGUGUCGCCUCAUUUCCACCGGCCGGCGCACUACGCAUCCAUGAGUGGUACGGCGAGCAGCAUGGGCACUCGAUCUGCAUCCGGGUCACGAUCGCAUUCGCGCAGCCGUAGCGCAAUGAAGGUGCUGGUGGACAGCAUCCGCUCGGAGACGCCUCGCCCGAAAAGCCCGGGAAUGAACAACGAAGAACCAAUCGAGCUGAGCCACUAUCCGGCGGCGAAAAAGCCACCGCCGGGCGAGAAACCAAAGAUCGAACGGGAUGAUUUCCCGGCCCCGCCUUACCCCUACACGGAUCCGGAGCGUCGUCGUCGCUACUCCGACUCCUACAAGGGCGUACCUGAAUCGGACGACGAAGUUGAUCAUGCGCAUAACAAGGAAAAUGUGACGGAGAAGCGUCACACUAAAGAGGAGGAAGAACUCCGGAAACUGAAAUCGUCGGGAAUGGGCACGGUCAUACUGAAAGACCUGCAGGAGAAGAAACGAUACGAGCACUGGAAGCAAGAGAACCUGGAUCCGCGUAAUGCUUCGCGCACGCCAUCUGCCUCGAAAGAACCGAUGAACAGGAUGCGCUACGAGUCACCGGUCGGUGCAUCGCCGUCGCGCAAUCUUGACCAUCAGAAGCCGUUCUACGAAGAUGAGUUCGAUCGCUCAACGAGCUACCGUGGCUCGGUCGGUCGCGCCAUUGGCAACGCGACCAGUUACAACGCCAUCCAUUCGUACAGGUCACCUCCGAAGCCCGGAUAUGGAUUCAAAACGUCCACACUGCCACCGUCGCUAAGAAACGGUUACAGCUCCGAUUUUUCGUUCAGCGGACUCGGCGAUAAAACCCACAGUACGGAGUUCAGUUGCGGCAAAAGCGAUAUCUCCGGCGAUUCCAUAACCGAAGGCGAUCGUCGCGCGCUAGGAGCCGAGAUUCCCGUAUCCAGCACGUAUUCCGGUGCGCUUUCCUACCAUUACCCGCAGCAAUCAACCCGUCGCAGCUUGCCCAACAUGGCCCAUUCGAUGCUGGUGCACGAACCGGCCAAAAUCUAUCCCUACCAUCUGCUCCUGAUCACCAACUAUCGAUUGCCGUCGGAUGUUGACAGGUGUAAUCUAGAGCGUCACCUAUCGGAUGUGGAGUUUGAAGCCAUCCUCCAAUGCAGCCGGCCGGAGUUUUACCGUCUACCCCAGUGGAAGCGCAACGAACUAAAGCGACGCGCGCGUUUGUUUUAAGGGCAGUAAAUCAACGGCCACCCACCAUCAGACAUGCAAGCAAACCCAAUGGCAUAACCCAGCAUUCGGUUCCGCUGCUUAACCCUAAUCCUUCAAACGCUAAUUCCGUUGCCGGGCAAACGGGAGCUUCAAACCAAAUUCAUGCUAUG